AUGAGUCAACACAACAUCCUUGAAGCUCUUAACGUCCGGGUCGUGGGUACGGGCGAUCGGAUCCUGGUUUUCGCCCACGGGUUCGGUACGGACCAAUCCGCUUGGCACCUAAUUCUCCCUUACUUCACUCCGACUUACAGAGUCGUCCUCUACGACCUCGUUUGCGCCGGCAGCGUCAAUCCCGAUUACUUCGAUUUCAACCGAUACACGACGCUCGACGCCUACGUCGAUGAUCUCCUCAACAUCGUCGAUUCACUCGGCAUCCAGAAUUGCGCCUACGUAGGCCACUCUGUUUCGGCUAUGAUCGGAAUCAUAGCUUCGAUCCGGCGACCGGAGCUUUUCUCGAAGCUUAUCCUAAUCGGAGCUUCCCCUAGGUUUCUCAACGAUGUCGAUUACCAUGGGGGAUUCGAGGAAGGGGAGAUCGAGAAGGUUUUCUCAGCUAUGGAGGCUAAUUACGAGGCUUGGGUCCAGGGAUUCGCGCCGCUGGCCGUUGGAGCUGAUGUUCCGGCGGCGGUUAGAGAAUUUAGCCGGACUCUGUUCAAUAUGCGUCCGGAUAUAUCUCUGUUCGUCUCCAGGACGGUGUUCAACAGCGAUCUGAGAGGUGUGCUUGGAUUAGUGAGAGUCCCUUCUUGUGUGAUUCAGACGGCGAAGGACGUCUCCGUGCCUGCUUCGGUGGCGGAGUAUCUGAGGGCUCAUCUCGGCGGAGAUACAACCGUGGAGACGCUCAGGACUGAAGGACAUUUGCCCCAUCUCAGUGCUCCGUCGCAGCUCGCUCAGUUUCUCCGGCGAGCACUUCCUCGGUGA